AUGGCGCCGUCUGAUGACGAUAUUGAGCAGGCACUCCUCGACGCAACUUACCAAGUCUAUCGUGCUGCCCCCGAUGACACCUCGGUGAACAAGGUUCGCAAGCAGGCCGAGGAGAAUUUAGGACUUGACGACGGUUUCUUCGCAAGCGGUGAAUGGAAGAAGAAGAGUAAAGAUGUGAUCAAAGCGCGUGUAGAGAAGCUCCUUGAUGGAUGGGUUCCCGACAACAAAGAUGAGGCCGCCUCAAAUGAUGAGGCUGAGAAGGGUGUGAAGCGUGGUUCAUCAGAAAUCGAGUCCCCUCAGCCAAAGCCCAAACGUCAGAAGCGAGGCCCCAAGCCCAAGAAGCCCGCCAAGAAGGUGGAAUCGGAGCCAAGUGAGCUGAGUGAGUUGAGUGAACUCAGCGAGCUAAGCGAGGAAGAAAAACCUCAGAAGAAGAAGCGAGCGCCAGCAAAGCGCAAGAUCAAGGCGAAGGCGAAGGCCAAGCCUGUCGUCUCCGACGAUGAGGAUGUCGACAUGGAGUCUGACAGUGGAAAGCCUGCUUCAGACGACGAGGGCGAAGAUGAGAAGGCUCAGAACGGCGAAACUGCCACAGAAGAGCCAGCUGUUUCUACAUCGCACGAAACACCAGGUGACGACGAAAAGCCAACUACGAAUGAGAACGCGGACGACAAGCCAGCGGUUGACGAGGAAGAAGAAUACUCGGACGUGAUCGAUGAACCCGUGAAGCCCAAGCGGAAGAGAAAGGACAAGAAGGAGGCUGCCAGCAAGCCAACCAAAGUCCCCAAGGCCGUCACCAAGAAGAGCACCACGGCUGAAGACCCCAACACCGAGGAGAUCAAGAGACUUCAGUCUCACCUUACCAAGUGCGGCGUCCGUAAGCUGUGGCAUAAUGAGCUCAAGAAGUACGGCGACGACCCCAAGGCCAAGAUUCGUCACCUCAAGAAGAUGCUCACUGAGAUCGGUAUGGAGGGUCGCUUCUCCGAAGCCAAGGCCCGUGAGAUCAAGGAGAGACGAGAGCUCAUGGCUGAGGCUGAGGCGGCGCAAGAGAUGAAUGCCCUCUGGGGUGUAGCGAGCCGAGGCCGGGCGAGCCGCAGCAAGAGCAAGCAAGCAAAGAUUGUUGAGAGUGAAGGCAGCGACGCCGGCGGUGACGACGCCGAGGAGGAGGAAGAUACGUACGCCGCCCGACGAAAGAGGGCGCGGGCCGAUUUGGCCUUUUUGGGGGAUGACAGCGACUCCGAGUGA